UCUCUCUGUUUUGUUUUAAAAAAUUAUGACAAUUUCUUGUUGUAAAAUUGUAAAUAAAUCUUGAAAAUGAGAAAUACGGCGGGUGAAGAGUGGGGAGAAAGAGGUGAAGCUGAAAAAGUGGACAUCUUGGGUGUGUACGAGGGUGAAAAAAAUUCGAAGGGAGAAAGACAUGGUAUUGGCAAAUAUCAAUUUCCAAACGGUGAUGUUUACGUAGGUGGAUAUUGCCAAGGCCUUCGUAAUAAUCAGGGAGUUUAUGUGUUCAAAAAUGGAGCAAGAUAUGAUGGAACAUGGCGGGGUGCUUUAAAAUAUGGCAGAGGAACUUUUUUUUAUCCCGAUGGGACCCGAUAUGAAGGUGAAUGGAAGAAGGAUAAAAAAAGUGGAUUUGGGGUUUAUUAUUACUCAAAUAAAGACAUUUAUGAGGGGGCCUGGCGAAAUGAUGUCCGACAUGGAUUGGGGACUUAUCACUUCAAUGAAUCAGGUAUCAAGUUCAUGGGUACGUGGCUGAAUGACUGUAUUGAAGGACCUGGGGAGCUUGUCUACCCUCGCUACCACUUCCACGGCAGUUGGAAGGAUAAUCUGCCCUAUGGUCGUGGGUGUUUUGUAUUCGAGAACAAUUGUAUGCAGCAUGGACAUUAUAUUCAUCAAGUCAAUUCAAAAGAUCAGCAGGAUGAAGUGAUCAAGAAUAAGCAACAACAAAUGGAUUCUCUUCCUGUCUGGUGUGCCCGCUGUGUUACCACAUAUAAAAGCGAACUUCUACCUCCAGAAGCUAGACCGCUCAAUGAACAGGCCACAGACGACGAUUCCCUGACGGACGAGUGUCGUAAUCAAUCAUCAAAUGAAUCGGAAAAACUUUUGUCACAUUCGUCGGAUGCUGAAAAUGAUGUUAUUGACUACAGGGACGAAUUUAUGGGUGAAAUAUAGAUUGGCAAGACGACAU